GCGGCGGCGGCGCCCGGCCGCGGAGGGCAGCGGGGCGGAGCAUAGAACUGCGCUGGAGUUUCAAGGUCGUGCCUGGCAGGCAGGGGUUGCCUGUACCGUUGAAUGCCCGUUACGCGGCAUGCCUGGAAGCGCCCCUGCUGCUGUGGAGCAUCGCUUUGAGGAGGAUACACGCAAGAACUGCCAUUAAAAAUGUAGCUGGUGCGUUGGCUGCUUAUUUGCUUCAGCCCUGCGACACGACGAGCCAGGUGACGAGGGUGUACAAGUGAGCUGCCCCAUGGAUACCGUGGUGUCUGCCCCUGGGUGCCUGUAGAAGAAAGUCCAGCUAGCAAACCAGAACUGCGGAAUUCAAAGGAUCAGAGAAGGGAUACUGUACGUUGAGUUGGAGUGGUUUUUUUGGAGCCCGUAUCUAUCCGGGACUGAAAGGAAGAUGGGGACAUGAUUUGGAAGAUACGUUUGGAGCAGCUGUCGUUCUGCUGGUUCGCAGAAGGACUACGCAAAGGGGACUUCACGAAUGGACUGUUGAGUGGGCUGGAACUUGACUGGACUGCUGUCCUCGGUGGGUAGUGAUCCAUGGUGCAGCCUCCAGCUGGCACGGCACGCUCGUAUCAUGAGUAAUCAACCUAUGAUCUCAUCAGCCAUGGCUGAGAAGUACGAUUAAGGGUGACGCUUCGUGGCAUUGCGGCAAGCUCUACUGGAGUAUGAAGAAAGCCUCAGAAGUUCAUGACUGCCUUGAGUGAAGUCUGACGAGAAGAUGUCACAGCGGUUUUGUCUCUGGAAGCGGCUAGCUGUAGGGAUCGCCGCCGUCUUAGCGGCUUGUUUGGCCCAGAAUGACGAAGAUUGCAAGUUGGCCAGGACAGGUCCUCCAGCCACAAUAGUCCCUAUCGACGAAGAAAGUCCGAACGGCACGAUCCUGGUUGACAGUAUGCUGAUUAAAGGGACGGCAGGAGGCCCUGACCCCACCAUCGAACUCUCUUUGAAAGACAACGUAGACUACUGGGUGAUCCUGGAUCCCAUCAGCCAGAGGCUAUACCUAAAUAGCACUGGCCGAAUUCUGGACAGAGAUCCGCCCAUGUCCAUCCAGUCCAUUGUGGUACAAGUGCAGUGCGUGAACAAAAAAGUUGGCACCAUCAUCAACCACGAAGUGCGGAUCGUGGUGAGAGACAGGAACGAUAACUCGCCUCGGUUCCAGCAGCAGCAAUACUAUGCGGCAGUAAAUGAGCUAACUCCGGUGGGAACGACCAUCUUCACGGGGUUCUCCGGACCCAGCGGCGCCACGGACAUCGACGACGGUCCCAACGGGCAGAUCGAGUACGUCAUCCAGUACAACCCCGGCGACAAGACCUCCAACAGGACCUUUGACAUUCCUCUGACUUUGUCCGGAGCGGUGGUUUUACGGGAAAGGCUCAAUUACGAAGAAAAGACUCGUUACUUUGUGAUCGUUCAAGCAAACGACCGAGCCCAGAACCUUCACGAGCGAAGAACAAGUACCACCACGCUCACGGUGGACGUGCUCGACGGGGACGACUUGGGCCCGAUGUUUCUGCCUUGCGUCUUGGUGAAUAAUACCCGGGACUGCAGACCACUCACCUAUCAAGCGAGCUUGCCAGAACUGACUGAGCCUGCACGUGUGAAUCCUAUCAAUGUCACUCCACCGAUACAAGCCAUAGAUCAGGACCGAAACAUCCAGCCUCCUUCGGACCGACCGGGCAUCCUCUAUUCCAUCCUAGUUGGUACUCCUGAAGACUAUCCCCGGUACUUCCACAUGAAUCUUACCACGGCUGUGCUAACGCUCCUGAAGCCAAUCAACAGGGAUCUGCACCAGAAGUUUGACCUGGUGAUUAAGGCUGAACAGGACAACGGCCAUCCUCUUCCUGCCUUUGCCAAUUUACACAUUGAAGUCCUCGAUGAGAAUAAUCAGAAGCCUUACUUCACGAGACCGACGUACGAGGGCUUUAUCCUCGAAUCCUCCCCGGUGGGUACCACCGUCUCCGAGAACCGCAACUUGACCUCGCCAUUGCAAAUUGUAGUGUUGGACAAUGAUGUAGAGGAGACGAAGGAUCCUCAGCUCCAUCUCUUCCUCAACGAUUACACCGCGUUUUUCACUGUGACUCAGGCCGGCGUAACCCGCUACCUCACCCUGCUGCAGCCCGUGGACAGGGAAGCCCAGCAGCUGUACACGUUCUCGAUGACCGCUUCUGAUGGCGUACAGGAGAGCGCCCCAGUGACAGUCAACAUCGUGGUGAUUGAUGCAAAUGAUAAUACCCCAACUUUCUCCAAUAUAUCAUACAGUGUCAAGAUCUAUACAGACAUGGGGCCCGGAGAAGGCGUUAUAAAGCUCACCGCCGUAGACGCCGACGAGGGACCCAACGGACAGAUAGCGUAUGAAAUUUUGGCCGGGGCUCAGGGAGACUUCGUCAUCGACGACCGAACAGGCCUUAUCGCCGUUGCUCCGGGAGUCGCCUUGUCGGUGGGACGCUCCUACGCUCUCACCGUCAAGGCGGCCGAUAACGCUCCUCCUGCGCAGAGAAGGAGCUCCAUUACCACCGUUUACAUCGAGGUCCUUCCGCCGAACAACCAGAGCCCUCCGCGCUUCCCCCAGCUGAUGUACAGCCUGGAAGUCAGUGAGGCCAUGAGGGUCGGAGCCGUUCUGUUAAACCUGCAGGCUAUUGAUAGGGAGGGAGACCCUAUAAGAUACCUCAUUCAGAAUGGAGAUCCUCAGCAAGUUUUUAACCUCUCUCAAAGUUCUGGACUGCUAGCCCUAGGAAAGCCUUUGGACAGAGAGAGCACUGACCGCUAUAUUCUCAUCGUUACAGCUUCGGAUGGCAGACCGGAUGGGACCUCAACAGCCACCGUCAAUAUCGUGGUGACUGACGUAAAUGAUAACGGACCAGUUUUUGACAUGUUUCUACCUAAAAACCUGUCUGUGCAGGAGGAGGAAGCCAACGCCUUUGUCGGUCAAGUGAGGGCAACGGACCCAGACGCCGGAGUAAACGGUCAAGUUCAUUACAGCCUGGUAAACUUCAACAAUCUUUUCCGUAUCACGUCAAACGGCAGCAUUUAUACAGCGGUUAAACUGAACAGGGAAGUAAGGGACUAUUAUGAACUUAUUGUGGAAGCAACAGAUGGAGCUGUGGACCCCCGCCGUUCAACCUUAACAGUAGCAAUCAAGGUGCUGGAUAUUGAUGACAACAGCCCUGUUUUCACUAAUUCUUCCUACACGGUCUGCGUGCCGGAAAACCUACCGCCUGGUACCGUCUUCCUACAAAUAGAGGCUAAAGAUGUGGAUCUUGGUUCUAACAUUACCUAUCGGAUACGAACGCAGGAAGCGCUACAGUAUUUUGCACUGAACAAGUAUACAGGAGAGCUAUCGCUUUUGAAGUCCUUGGAUUAUGAAUCAUUCUCUGAUACGGAAGCAACCUUCACCUUUCUGGUGGAAGCCUUCGACAGCAGGGGCACCAUGCCUCCGGGUCUUGCUACUGUCACCGUGAGAGUAAAGGAUAUGAAUGAUUACUCUCCAGUGUUCAGCAAAAAGCUCUACAGGGGAAUGGUUGCUCCUGAUGCAGUCAAGGGCACUGUUAUCGCCACCGUUUCAGCUGAGGAUCAAGAUCCUCCGGGCACACCGGCGAGCCGAGUCCGGUACAAAGUGGACGUCGUGCAAUUCCCUUACAGCGCCAGCAUUUUUGAUGUGGAGGAAAACUCGGGCCGCGUAGUGACCCGGGUGAACCUCAACGAAGAGCCAAGUACAGUGUUUAAGUUAGUCGUCAUUGCCUAUGAUGAUGGGGAUCCCAUGAAGUUUGACACCACUACUGUGGAAAUCGUUGUGCUACAACCGUCGGUAAUUCCCCGGUUUACCCAGGAUGAAUACAGACCGCCGCCGGUGAGCGAGAGCGCUCCCAGGGGGACCGCGGUCGCGGCGGUCGUUGCGGCGGCCCUGAACCAGACCAUCGUCUACUCGAUCGUUUCGGGAAACGAAGAGGAUGUCUUUGCUAUUAACAACAGAACGGGCGUGAUCUCUGUUAAAAAGCCUCUGGACUAUGAAAGCGUGAACAGUUACGAGCUUCGAGUUCAAGCAGACUCGUUACAAGUGGUCCGGUCCUCCAAUCUGCGGGUCCCUUCCAAAAGUAAUACAGCCAAGGUGUUCAUUGAAGUACAGGACGAGAAUGACCAUGCCCCUGUCUUUACGAAAAACCUGUACAUUGGAGGAGUGUCUGAAGAUGCGAAAAUGUUUUCUUCUGUGCUUAAGGUUAAGGCUGAUGAUAAAGACACUGGGAAUUACAGUGCCAUGCAAUACAGACUCAUCAUUCCUCCAAUCAAGGAUGGUAAAGAAGGUUUUGUGAUUGAAGCUUAUACAGGGCUAAUAAAAACUGCUAUGCUGUUCAAAAAUAUGAGAAGAUCCUAUUUCAAGUUUCAGGUCAUUGCAACUGACAAUUAUGGGAAAGGACUGAGCAGCAAAUCAGAUAUACUUGUCUCUGUGGUCAAUCAGUUGGACAUGCAAGUCAUCGUCUCUAAUGUUCCUCCCACCCUUGUGGAGCAAAACAAGGAUCAGCUCAUAGGGAUUUUGGAACGCUACGUCCAAGACCAGAUUCCUGGUGCAACGGUAGUGGUAGAAUCGAUUGGCGCGCGGAGGUUCGGGGAUGGCUACUCUGAGGAGGAUUAUACCAAGUCUGACUUGAUGGUCUACGCCAUUGACCCUCAAACAAACAGAGCUAUAAUGAGGAAUGAACUUUUUAAGUUCCUGGACGGCAAACUGCUCGAUAUCAACAAAGAGUUUCAGCCAUACCUGGGCCAAGGGGGCCGCAUCCUGGAGAUCCGCACCCCAGACGUGGUAGCAAAUGUCAAGAAGCAGGCGCAAGCCGUAGGCUACACGGAAGGUGCAUUACUUGCUCUGGCUGUCAUAAUCAUCCUUUGCUGUAUGCCAGCUAUUUUAAUAGUUAUGGUCAGCUACAGACAGCGCCAGGCCGAGUGCGCGAAGACGGCGCGGAUCCAGAUGGCCUUGCCAGCGGGCAAACCGGCGAGCGCUGCCCCGAACAACCUCUACGAAGAGCUCGGCGACAGCACCAUGCGAGGAUAUGCACAGCAAGAGCAACAGCAGUUGCUGAGACCUUCUCUUCUCAGACCAGAGGAAUUAAGCAUGGAGUCUGGAAUUGACCCGGGUCAGGAAUACUAUGGGCAAGACUACUACAGUUACGAGCACGGGUACGAGCUGCCUCAGUACGGGAGUCGCCGCCGGUUGCUGUCUCCUUCGGGAAUGUACGACGAGUACGGGGAAGUGGUGGUGGAGAACGAUGGCGGCUAUUACUACAGUCCUCACGGGUCGACAGCGGAAGACGGAAUGAUUCAAGGCAGAGGUCUUCCAAGCAGAGGUAUAAGCCAGAGAGCAGGGGCUCAAAUGGAAGGUAGACCUGUAGGUGGUGGGAUGGAUCUAAGACCUGGUCCUGCAAGAGCAUAUAGGACCAGCCAGGGAAAAAGGAAACUAAAAGCAGUAAUGCAUUUAAGUCGCAUAGCAGUAAGCGCUCACAAGCCAGUACGAAGAGCUGAGUCUGCUCGUUCUCCGUGGAAGAAAGCAAAGAUAUUCCCAAUGAUUCUGCAGAAAGUAAAAGGCAGUAGGAUGGAUUCCAGUUACGCCAAACUCAUGUCAGCUCGCCAAGUGGAUGGUGAGGACAGCAUGAUUAUCAAGGGAAAUUACUUCCAGAAAUCAACAGACGACAGACCUUCCAUGAGAAAACUAAAUCACGUGUUGAAAGGUAUUAGCGUUACUAAAAAAAUCCAAGAGCCUACUAGCAAAGAAUCAGUCCGUGCAAGACAAAAAGGGGAGGAAGAAUAUGAGGGAGAUGAAACAAAACCAGGAGUUUCAAUAAAUAUCACAGCAGAAAGCGAACAUGAGGAGAGUGAUCAUGAGAAGAAGAAAAAGAAGAGAAAAUACGCUUCAGACGAUGAAUCAUCAAUGAAGAGUAGCAGCUCUGCCUCGGGGUCAGAAGAUAAAGACUAUUUGAAAGUAACACUGGACCAAGAUGAAGCAACUGAAAGCACUGUGGACUCUGAUGAAGAAGAUGAGCACGAUUUUGGGGAUUCUGAAGAUGACGACUCUGGAUCCAGCUCUAGCAGUGACUCUGAGGAGGACUCAUCUGAAGAUGAAGAUGAUGAGGAGGAAUCUGAAAGCGAUGAAGAUAGCCAAUCAAGGAGCUCUUCAACGCAAAGUUCAUUCAGCAGAUCAGGGCCUAGCGAGUCCAGCAGCAGAAGAAGUUCUGAAAGGUCAAGUGUAAAAAGUAGGAGAGGUAGUUCUCGGGGAGGAGCGAGGCGCUCCAGCCAGAAGUCAGCAGCUAGUUCUGAUGCUACUGAGAGUAAGAGGGACACCAGCCACAGGAAGACUUCAGGAUCCAGCUAUAAGAGCAAAACGUCCUCAGCCAGCCUUGAAAUAGAAGACACGAUAGAAGAGGUGUCAGAAGAAGAUGAGCAAACAGACGGGGAGCAAGUCGAUGCAAGCCCCGAUGAGACAGCAGACAACGUAGAUGAUAAGGCCGCUCCAGAAACAUCUUCUGCCAAUGCAAGAACUGAUACUGCUAAAGAAAACAAGACAGGAAAAUUGGGUGUUAAUGAUGGCGAUCGUGUGGACGAAAGCACGGAUGCUAGUGACAGAGAGGAGACCAUCAGUAAGAAUGAAUCUAGUUGCCUGGAAAGCGAAAUCAGCACCACUUCCAAAAGCACCAAAGGGACAAAAAGCACAACCAGUGGCACCUCUAGCAAAACCGAUGCCUCCCGUGAUACUGAGAAUCAGAGUUCUGACACCAACUGGGCCAGGAAGAAAAGGAUCAAGUUGAUAGUCGACCCCGAAUACGAGACCAGCUCCACCGGAGAAGACAGCGCUCCGGACUCCAGUCAAAGGAAUCGUCUGAAUAACCCCAAUAUCCAAACCAACAUCAACGGUAACAUCUACAUUGCACAGAACGGCUCCGUUGUCAGAACGCGCCGCGUUUGCCUUGCUAAUAAUUUAAAAGUCACGUCUCCAGUGAGGCUGGGGAAACACUUCAAGAAACUGGACAAGCUCGCGGUGACACACGAGGAGAACGUCCCGCUGAACACCUUGUCGAUGGGACCGGCUGCGAGCGACAAAAUGAACACAAGACCUUGUAGCGUCUCGUUUGCGUCCUCUACUAUAGGGGCCGAAAACGCGGUAACGAAGCCGGGGGGCACCAAAAUGAAAAGCACAGAAGAGCAGGAGUCGGUCGUUGACAACGAGGAUGUCAAAGAGCCCUUGGAGUCGCACAGUGAACACACGCAGUCCGACGAAGAGGAGCUCUGGAUGGGCCCCUGGAAUAACCUUCACAUACCAAUGACGAAACUGUGAUUUUUUUUUUUAAUUUCGAUUUUAAUUUUUACUUCAGUUUAUAAUAAACUGCGCUUUUUAUUGUCACCGAGGAAAAUGUAUGAAAUUUGUAUUGUGCACUUACGUUGUAUACUACAGACAACAUGCUUUAAAGGUGAAAAAGAAAAAAAAUUUGCACUCAUAUUUGUACCAAUUAAUUGUCCUCCCCCAAAACUAUUUUGACAGGCUCCCAUUUCACUAAAUAAGCCUUCGUUUUGAGUUUAUUAGUUCUUUUGGAUCUUGGUUAUCGUUUAAUAAACAGCAAACUACUAAUAAACGCACAGCAACAUUUGGUUAACUUUUCA